AUGCCAGCCCGAAAGACAGAGCAAGGCCAGUCUCACGUUGAUGUCUCCAUCGCUACCGAGCCGAAUGACAUCGAAGCCGUUCCCACACUGCUAAAGGAGAUAACGCAAGCCUUCGAUGCCUUUACUACCAGCAUUGGAGAACGAGAAGACUUGCUUGCCAAAUGUCGCACCUUGACCGGUGCAAUGGCUGGCCUGAACUUUGGUGUGGACUCAGGUUUGUGGGAACUCAUGGCGCAAAACGGUGACAAGCCACAGAAAGUGGGAGAAAUAGCCGAGAAGCUUGGGGUCGAUCAUGUACUUCUGAGUCGACUAAUGCGACAUCUCAGUGCCAUGGGGUAUCUAAUCGAGACUGGCGUGGACGAAUACAGGUUGACGAAUUUCAUGAAGGCGAUGAGCAUUCCGGCGAUUGGCAAUAGCUACCUCGCUAUGCUCUCCUGCACAAGCGCCGGACCUAUGAGAUUCCACGAGUUUUCCCGAAAACGAGGUUGGGUGAACCCAACCAACGCGAAAGACACGGCAAUGAUGUACGCCUACGGAACGGCGAUGGAUACCUUUACAUGGCAACAAUCUCUGGGCUAUGGGUCACACUUUAGUGACCACAUGAGCGGCUACGCCCUUGGAUCUUUGCCUUGGAUGGCUCCUGGCUUCUACUCAGUGAAAGAGAGGCUGAUCGACGGCGCUGACACGGAUCCGGAGGCUCCGUUUCUCGUCGAUAUUGGCGGAAACGUGGGCCAUGACCUAAAGAUCUUUCACAAAUUUCAUCCCGAGGUCCCAGGGAAGCUGAUCCUUCAAGAUCUACCCGUGGUCAUAGGUCAAAUCCAGGAUCUAGAACCGUCUAUCCUCCGUAUGGACUACGACUUUCAUACGAAACAACCCGUCAAUGGCGCCCGAGCCUAUUAUUUGCACAAUUGUUUGCAUGACUGGCCCGACGAAGUAUGUGAAAACAUUCUUGCGCAAGUCAAGGCUGCCAUGAAACGCGGAUAUAGCAGGCUACUGAUUCAUGAGCAUGUGAUACCAGAGACAGCUGCCUACUGGGAAGCUACAGCGCUCGACAUGGUCAUGCUGACACUUAUGUCUGCUCAAGAACGCACCUGUACAGCUUGGUAUAACCUCAUUGAAACGAGGGCAGGCCUUACGAUCAAUAAGAUUUGGAGCGGAGGCAAGGGUUCUCAGAGUCUGAUUGAGUGUGAACUGCCAUUUAACGCAAAUUGA